AUGUACAACUAAUUUAUGCACCUAGCAUUAACCACAUUAUUGGGAAACUCUUAAUAAUCUAUAUUUCAAACUAUUUCCACAAUUAGAACAUAGAUUAUUCAUUCGUUCUGGACUCUAUAAUAGGAGUCUCAAUAUCUAGAUCUCUAUUCCCUUUAAGUACCUUAAAUAGUUCCGCUCUCAACGUCAUCUUAAUUUAUACCUAAUUAUGAUAAAAAUACAGAACAAUGUUUAUAUUGUAUAGGAUGGGGAUUAGUGGAUGUAAAUAAUUUAAUGACUUUCAAUCCAUAAUUGGGUGAUUUAAGUGUAGAACAAUAUUCGUAAUUGUAAUAAAUUGCUUAAACCUUUCAGAUUUUACAAAUUCUUUAUAAUAGUAAUUUCUAAUUGAAUUAUAUUUACUAUCAUUUUGCAAAUCAAAUGUUUGUUUAAUAUCCAUUUGUUGAAAACGAUGACCUCUAUUCUAAGUCUCCCUUACAGCAGAUGAAAAAGUCAUUCAACUAAUCAAAUAUGCAUACAGCCUUCUUAAUUGAACCGACUUCUGAAACUGAUUUGGAAAGUUGUGUGUCUCUUUUAGGGAGUGAUAACAAUUUUAUGGGAAUCGUUUGUUUAGGAAUUAACGCAUUAGGUCAGUAGGUGUUUGUUAAUAAUCUAUAUUAAAAUAUUGAGUAUCAGGGUGAAAUUUAUUCUUUCUUUUGUAAUCAGAAUUUAAACAUUUUUACUACUAAUACUGUCACCUAAUAUGUGAAUGGAUCUAUCGUAAAAAAUUAUGGAUUUCCAAAUUUGAUAGAUGUUGUAUUUAACAACUCAAACUAAAAUUCAGACUAAUUUCUAAAAUUAUUUUAUGAUAUCGUUUAUCCCAAUUAAGAAGCUCAAUAUAUUUAAUUAGUAAGUUCAGUCAAGUCUAAUGUGUCAACUAUGAAACAAAUAUUGUAAAAUGAAUAAGAAACAUUUAUUAAUGAUUCUAUAAACCCUUUAUUUUAAUUGAGUAGCAUAUUGAUACAAUAUGAUAUUGAUUACUACAAACAAUUUCUGGAUUUUGUAAUCUUUUUAUCAAUAUUUUUUGAAUAGUUUUCAAGUGGAAUACAAAACGAGACAUUUGUGAACAUUAUGACAAUUGCCAUCCCCUUAGCAGUAAUCAUGUGCGUCAUAGCCUGGUACAUAUCAUAUAGGAUUAUCCAGAGUGUUUCCAAACCCAUUAAUGAUUUGACUCAUAAACUUGAAUUGAUUGCAUAAGAUACCUUAGCAAUCCAGAUUUACUCGAACUUUAGAUAAAGCUCUCUGGAAGUCAAUCUUCUAUAUGAUGCCUUGGAUUAAUUAGUGACAGUAUUGAACUUCUCUAAUGACCGGUACUUCGAAGGAGAUGAUACAUCUUUAUUGAUUAAAUAUGCUCAAGGGAAAGCGCUGUUCCAAAAGAUGAAAAGCAACAAAGGGAUGGGAAUGAUCUUGAACAAUAUUGGUAACAUUCACAGAAGACAACAAAGAUACAUCGAAGCAAUUCAAUGCUAUAGAGAAUCCAUUGCACUAUGUGAAGACGAUUUAAGAAUGCUUUUAGGAGAUAUCAAAUUACUUGAAGUAAAGCGAUUACAAAAGGGAAUCAGUAUAGAUAUUUCAGGUGAAUCCAGAUUCUCACAAUCUGGUAGUAAAAGGGUUUCAAUGAUAGAGAGAGAGAUCUAGACAUCCCAAUUAGAAGAUAUCUAUUCAAGUAGGAACUUCUCUUUAGCUAAUGUACUGAUUGAAUAUGCUGACAACAACUAGAGUUUGAGUAUCGAGGAGAAGAGAUAAUUGUAUAAGGAGAGUUUGGAAUGCUUGAAUAUUACAUUGUCUCUGGAUCAAAAGGAUAAUAAAGGUUUAUUAUACAGAUAAAUCAUAAGUCAUAUCUUAUAAUGCAAAGUCUUACUGAAUUUAGAGGAUUCCAACUCUGCAUUGGCUGAGAUUUCGAAUGCGGAGUAACUAUCAGAUAAAUAUGAGAAUUCGUAUGACAGAUCUGAUGCUUAGGUAAAUGAUUCUUUCCCCAUUCCUCCAGGUAUUUUGAAAUAGAGGAUUUUGUAUGAGAAGGGAUUAUUUAUUAAGAGAUAUGAUAGCAUCAAAAAGGCAGCAUUCAUCUUUACUGAAUGUUUAGAAACUAGUAAGUUUUAUGAUCCAGAAAUUAGAAUUAAUUGUCUCAAAUAAUUAAAGGAAAUAUUCUAAUCACAGAAUCUACUUUAUAAAGUACCAAAGAUAGAGUAACUGUUAGAAUUAAAUGAGAUCAAGAAAAACAAUGACAUUGUAUUUGUAAUUGAUCAUUCUGGUUCCAUGGAGAAUAUCAAGAAAGAAUUGGCUAUCAAUGGCAUUCUCAAAAUCUUUGACAAUUAUCUUCAGGAUUAAGACAGAAUCAGUUAUAUGCGUUUCAAUCAAAACAUUGAGGUUAUUUUCGAUUUAACUUCUAAAUCAGAGAAUACAGCCUAUUUGAGAAGUGCAAUUGAGAGAUCUAAGAACAUUAGGGCAGAGGGAAUGACUGCCAUGUUAUCAGCUGUAUUACAUGCUUAUUCAAUACACGAAAAGGCAGUAAAGAAAGACAAUCAACAAUGGAUAGUUGUGUUAUGCGAUGGAGAGGAUAACUUGAGCAAUAUCACAUAUGAGAGGAUGAAGAAAUUUACGAGUAAGAGACCUUAGAUUUCAUUGAUUGUUAUUGGCAUAGGCUUGAGUUUGAAGCCUGAUUGUCUAGAUGAAUUAUAUGACUUAUGUAGACUUAGUUAGAAAGGGUUUUUAAUUGAAUCUGUUUAUAGUGAAGAUCUGGACAUUGCAUUUUAAUCAAUCAGCAAUCUUAUCUUUGGAACUUCCAGCAUUUACGAUGAGAGAUUGAAUUGA